AUGGCUUCUCCAGAUGCUGAGAUGGUUACCUUUGGGAAGGUGGCUCCCUACCUCCAAAAGUCAGAAAAGGAGAGAAUCGAGGCCCAGAACAAGCCUUUCAAUGCCAAGACAUCAGUCUUUGUGGUGCAUGAUAAAGAAUCCUAUGUGAAAAGCACAGUCCAGAGCAAAGAAGCAGGAAAGGUCACUGUCAAGACUGAAGCAGGAGAAACUCUGACUGUGAAGAUAGAUCAAAUCUCCAUGAGCCCUCCCAAGUAUGACAAAAUCGAGGACAUGGCCAUGAUGACCCACCUCCAUGAACCCACUGUGCUGUACAACCUCAAAGAGCGUUAUGCAGCCUGGAUGAUCUACACCUACUCGGGUCUCUUCUGUGUCACCGUCAACCCCUACAAGUGGCUGCCGGUGUACAACCCGGAGGUGGUGUUGGCCUACCGAGGCAAAAAGCACCAGGAGGCCCCUCCACACAUCUUCUCCAUCUCUGACAACAACUAUCAGUUCAUGCUGACUGCUGAGAGAGCUGGGACUGUUCAGUGUGGAGAAGUCAGGGAUGAUCUUAUAAAUGUCUACAAAUACCUGAAGGGAGAAUGCAAAAAGGGCAGAGCCAAGCUCUUUUCAGUGGUGCCCAGGGACAGGAAAGGAGACAAUGGCCACAAGCUGAAACACAUGAGGUUCCAUCUGAACAUCAGGAAGUACUUUUUCAUUGUGCAGGACUUUUUCCCAUGGUACUCUACCAAGCAGAACCCUAAAGAAAUCAAAGUCUGCUCUCCUGAAGUCCAGGGCUAUGAGCUUGCUAUGUGGCCUCCUCGCUGCCCUAAGGAUCCUGAACUUUACCGUCUCUUGGUCACUGCAGACAAGGCUGCCCUUGAACUUCAAAUUCCUCACAAGCCCUUCCUUGUUGAUAUCGAGGUGGUUGAAGUCCCUCAUGAAGACCAAGCCUUCUGA